CGCCCCGGCAGGGGCUGCGGAAGUGGCUGCACGAUGGCGGCGGCGGCGGCGGUGUCGGAGCCCUGGCCUGAGCUGGACCUGGCGGAGCGGGAGCGGCGGCGGGAGCUGCUGCUGACGGGGCCCGGGCUGGAGCAGCGGGUGCGCGAGGCGGGCGGGCGCCUGCCGCCGCGGCUCUUCACGCUGCCGCUGCUGCACUACCUGGAGGUGAGCGGCUGCGGGAGCCUGCGCGAGCCGGGCCCGGGCCUGGCACAGGGCCUCCCGCAGCUGCACAGCCUGGUGCUGCGGCGCAACGCUCUGGGACCCGGCCUGAUCCCCGAGCUCGGCCCGCUGCCCGCGCUGCGCGUACUCGACCUGUCGGGCAACGCGCUGGAGGCGCUGCCGCCGGGCCAGGGCCUGGGCCCCGCAGAGCCGCCGGCCCUCCCGCAGCUGCAGAGCCUCAAUCUCAGCGGCAACCGGCUGCGCGAGCUGCCCGCCGACCUGGCGCGCUGUGCCCCGCGCCUGCAGACCCUCAACCUCACCGGCAACCGCCUAGACGCCUUCCCCGCCGCGCUCUUCCAGCCCGGCGCGCUGCCGCUGCUCAGCGAACUGGCGGCCGCCGACAACUGCCUGCGGGAGCUCAGCCCCGGCAUCGCCCACCUGGCCUCGCUCAAGACCCUGGACCUGUCCAACAACCAGCUGAGCGAGAUCCCGGCCGAGCUGGCCGACUGCCCCAAACUCAAGGAGAUCAACUUCCGCGGGAACCGGCUGCGGGACAAGCGCCUGGAGAAGAUGGUGUGCGGCUGCCAGACCAGGUCCAUCCUGGAGUACCUGCGGGCCGGGGGCCGCGGGUGCUGCCGCGGCCGGGGCAGGGCCGAAGGCCCUGAGAAGGAGGAGGGCCGGAGGAAGAGGAGGGAGCGGAGGAAGCGGGACAGCGGGGAGGGCGAGGAGGCGGCGGUGGACGAGGCCAGCCGGCUGCUGCUCAGGGUCCUUCACGUGUCCGAGAACCCCGCCCCGCUGACGGUCAGGGCGAGCCCCGAGGUCAGGGACGUGCGGCCCUUCAUCGUGGGCGCUGUCGUGCGGGGCAUGGACCUGCAGCCCGGGAACGCGCUCAAGCGGUUCCUCUCCUGCCAGACAAAGCUGCACGAGGACCUUUGCGAGAAGAGGACAGCGGCCACCAUCGCGACGCACGACCUCAGGGCCGUCCGAGGGCCCCUGCUGUACACCGCCCGCCCGCCGCAGGACCUCAAGAUCGUCCCUUUGGGGCGCCGGGAAGUCAAGGCCAAGGACCUGGUGCGGCAGCUACAGCUGGAGGCCGAGGAACACAGGAAGCAGAAGAAGAGGCAGAAUGUGUCGGGUCUGCACAGGUACCUCCACCUGCUGGACGGGCAGGAGCGCUACCCGUGCCUCCUGGAUGCCGAUGGUGACGCGAUUUCCUUCCCGCCGAUAACCAACAGCGAGAAGACCAAGAUAAAGAAAACCACUUGCGAUCUGUUCCUGGAGGUGACGAGUGCGGCCAGCCUGCAGAUCUGCAAGGACAUCCUGGAUGCCCUCAUCCUGAAAAUGGCAGAACUGAACAGGUACACUUUGGAAAACAAAGAGGAAAGCUCCCUCUCUGACCCUGAGGCCGAUGCCGAGGCUGGACCCCCUUCGGAUGCCAGGGCGGCCCCCGUGGCCGAGCAGGACAGGCGCGCCCCGCUGGUGGUGGAGCAGGUCCGGGUGGUGGACCAGGACGGGCAGCUGAAGGUGGUGUAUCCGUCCAAGAUGGACCUGGACCUCGCCGCAGCACACGUGACCGUGACCCGCUGAUGCCAGGCCGCUGGGGCUCCCGGGGUCACAGAGGAAAUGACUCCCUCCCCUCGGUGUUUAAGACACGUGCAUUCUCUGUUCAGUUUUCCAGAUGAUUCUGCCUUAGGGGGGAGCUUGUUGUCGUGAGCUUAAAUCGUUUUGCCUCUAAGCACCAAACUGGCUUUACUAAUGCUUUUUAUGAAAGGACUUGAAUGUUGGGAUUAACUGCUUGGAAUGUUUUGAAAUCAUGUAGACACACAGCCAAUAACUGUGUUUCCCCCGAGGAAAAGGAUGCUGUAACUGGUUUGAAUUCAGGUCUAAGCAGAGAAGCGAAACAACACGCAUUUUACUGGACUGCAGUUAUUUUUCUACGAUGCUGUACCUUUUAAAGUCCUCCUGCGCCAGCGUGCAGCUCACCGCUGUGGGCUGACGUCAUGUGUUCCAGUUCCUGAAAAUCAUCAUCUUCUCAUAAACAAAACGUUACUGUGACCUCGGAAUUGGCAAACUCUUUUCUUUCUCUUUUUUUUUUUUGGCUGUACCCACGGCACGUGGACGUUCCCGGGCCAGGGAUGGAACCCACGCUGUAGCGGUGACCCAAGCCACUGCAGUGACAACAGCAGAUCCUCAACCCGCUGAGCCACAAGGGAACUCCCAAAUCACGUUUCUUCAUCCUGCCGUCGGAUGCUUGGGGGUGAGAUGCAGAGCGUCCGCUGCGCUGGCCAGGGGUAUGAGGACUCGGGAACUCUUGUCGUUUGUAAACCAGCCCCGCAGCCACGAGGGUCAUUCCUGCAUGAUGCGCAGGUUUCCCACCACAGAACAGGCCUCGGGCAGGACGGUUCCGUUGGUAAACUGUCAGUCGCUGUCAGCUCACUCGAGGACGGGCGGCUGUGACGAGGGAGGGUGUGGGGAGCUUGAUGCCGACGGCCACGGAUGCCAGACACAGGGGUCCCACCGUGCCCCGGACUCUAUGGGUCUUUCUGGUUCCAGGUUGGCGCUUCACUGACCUCACUGCUCCGGGACUGCCUGGGCGGGAGACGCUGAGCCACCAGCUUCCCAGUGUUGAGUGACUUUGUGUGCUCCAUGGCCACUGACCUGCAGGGGACAAUUUGUGUGUUUAUCACAGUGACAGUUUGGGGGCAGCGUCUCCAAGAGCCCGGCGGGACAGGCAUUCGUGCCAGAAGCAGACACGUGGGAGGCCCAGACGCGCGUGUUGGGCCCUCUGCGAGCCACGUGCUUUCCCGGAACCCAUUCAAGGACACAGCCGGGCUGCCUUGACACCCUGACCCGGCUCUCGGUCACCACCAGGACUGGCCCUCGGCCCCUGGGGUCGGGGUGCUUAGCUGGGCUGAAGCGGGAGUGGGGUAACAGCAUUUCUCCCAAACCUUCCGGAGCUCUGUGUGUAGGUGGCUCGGGCUGUCCUUCAUGACCUCGGCCGUCAAGGCUGCUGAUGCUGUGGCUGGCGUGGCCCUGGGCGUCAUGGCAAGGCCCUGCCAGGAGCUCCAGGACCAACCCGGGCUUCGGCGGCCACAUAGCACCUGCUCUGGGGCCUCCCUGUGGUUGGCGAAGCUGCAGCCCCGCUGCUCUCGCCUCCGUGCGCGGUUUGCAGAUGCGUUGAACUCACAGCCCGAAGUCUCUCACCUCUGUCUUUGCCAGUCUGACCCUAUUAAACACUGAGUGAAAACGA